AUGACGGAUACAGCAACGGCCGUAAUCCCCGCCGCCGCCGCCGGCGAGGAUCCCGACCUGAUCAGCCUCCUGCCGGACUGCCUGCUCACGAGCAUCCUAUCCCUCCUCCCAAUCGACGCCGCCGCGCGCACCACCGCACUAUCCUCCCGCUGGCGCCGCCUCUGGCCUUCCACCCCGCUCCACCUCAUCGACUCGCACCUCCGCCGCCCAUCCGCCGAUGCCAUCUCCGACAUCCUCGCCUCCCACCGCUGCAACGCCGUCCGCUUCCAGCUCCUCCUCGCCCGCCCCUCCGCCGCCGACCUCGACUCCUGGCUCCGAGCCCUCGCGCUCAAACACCUCCAACAUCUCGUCCUAGCGCCGCCCUCCGAGCCCCUGCGCCUCCCGCCGUCCUUCCACGCCUGCCGCGCCCUCACCGCCGCCGACCUCACCAACUGCCGCCUCCCCGCCGCCGCCGCCUCCUUCCCCCACCUCGCCAACCUCACCCUCCGCCACGCCUACGCGUCCCCCCACGCGCUGCACGGCCUGCUCGCUGCCUGCCCCGCGCUCGUCAGCCUCUCGCUGGACCGCGUCUUCGGCUGCCGGACCCUCCGCGUGCGCUCCCGGAGCCUGCGCAGCCUCACGGUCUCGGUCUCGCUUGCGCGGCGCCUGUUGGAGGCUGACGAGCUCGAGGACCUCGUCGUCGAGGAUGCGCCGGUCCUGGAGAGGCUGCUCGCGCACGACGUCAACUGGGGGCCGUCGUUGCACGUCGUCCACGCUCCCAGGCUGGAGACGCUCGGGUACUUCGGGGUAGGCAUCCCGGCGCUGCAGCUUGGGUCGGCCUUGUUCCACGCAAUGCGUGCUGUCAGACUGCCGGCGCCGGCGGAGUUCCGGUCAGUGAAGACGCUGGCGCUAGAGAUGGUGGAUCCCCAGGUUAAACCUGUGGUUGACUUCCUCCAGUGUUUUCCCUGCCUGGAAGCUCUUCAUAUCACGUCUCAUAUGGUAAUGCCGCGGAGCAUGGAAACGAUGAACGGCGAUAAAACAGGUCAUCUGACUGAAUGCCUUGACCAUCAUCUGAAGAAAGUGGUACUCAUAGGAUACAAAGGGCGAAAGCGUGAGCUGCAGCUUGCCAUGUUUCUUAUUUCCAGUGCAAGAGUACUAGAGGUGAUGAAAUUUCUGUGUGAAAAUGACUGCAACACAACAUGGUUGACAAGCCAAAGAAGGCGUCUACGUUUGGAGAAUAGGGCAUCUUUAGGAGCACAAAUUAGUUUUGAGAAACAAAGGAAUAGCUUUGUUAGGUUUUCGAAGCAUGCUAGUAACAUAUCUGUAGUUGAUCCCUUUGAUAUUCAAACCUGACUAGUGAUUUUGGCAUCAGUUGAUUGACAUGUUCAAUAGUAUCUUCUCAAAGACACAUGGUUGAUUAAUAGCAUCACUUGAUUUGCCACCUCC